UCGCGCAUCGUCGAGAGCAAAGGUUGCGACAUUAUCGGUGGAUCACUCAGACCUACAUUCGAACUGAAGAAACAUUCGAAUCACUGCGAUUGGCGCGAUCCCUGGCAGAAAGGUUGAAAGAUAGCUAUCGUCUUUGACGAUGUCUCGAUGACUCGACGAUGUACCAAUGCUUUAGAUGGCAAUAGAGAUUGACAGGCCAAGCUAGCUUAUACCGCUACAGCCGCUUUUGGCGUGCACCAGUGCGCUGCAUUGAUGCUGUGGAGAGCAAGAUCUGGAUGUUCUCGACCACCAGGAGGCCGAGUAGUGCUCCGAAAGGGACCUGACCACGGCAGAGCUGCUUUGAUCUGGCUCAUGGUCCGAUAAGGCGCGGUUGCAUUUGGGAUUGAGGAAUUUGAAUCUGCCACGAUAUUCGAUAUAUUGAUGAUGCAUGUUCCCGUCAUCGCAGCUGGCCCAUCAAUUUUUCGACUCUCAUUCCAACCGGCGCAGCCAUGAUGUCCUUGAUCCUGCUCUUUGCCCUGCUCGGUAGCUUGAAGCGUACUUCUGCAGACCAUAGGCUCUCGAUUCUCGGUGAUUCUAUCAAAGAGUACUGUCUUGGCCUCGAGUGCGUUGCAAUUUGUCGCGGCAGCGGCGUGCUCGACGAACGAGCUUUUCAUUAUUCGGUCGUUGCAAACCUGCCACAAGUCUUAUGGAAGAUCAGAGUCUAUACUGACGAGCUGGAGAAGAGCUACUGCCACACAUUCAAGGGUCAGUCGUAUGCACCGAGCUGCCACUUUUUCACGCCCACGAAGGCUUCAAUAGACUCCGAACAGUGGCUGCAGGCUGAGUCGUAUCGUGGUCUGAAUAUUGCCGAUGUCGCUAUGGAGGGAGAUCCGACGGGAUACGCUGCUCAGCUCAUCAGGACCUGCUGUGCCGCCAUCUGGGAAGCAUCUUAUUAUCUGAACUAUCGCAAACGUCAGUCUUCGCUACCUCAAGUCUUCUGGAAAACCCGUGUCUUUGCGCGCAAUCUGGAAACACCGUACUGCUACACACUCGACGGCCAGCCGUGGCCACCAACCUUCAAUAUCGGACCGCCAGCGAAAAAGUCCAUAGAUCCUAAUCAGUGGAUCCAAGUCGGUUGUCUGCGCGCCAUGAACACCAUUGAGAUCGGCGUGACCGACGACGAAACGGGGAUAGCGAAAGAACUGAUUUUCAAUUGCUGCACUCCCAUAUGGCGAGGAACCUACUAUGCCAAUUAUGCAAAACGCGAUAUAGGAGUCGGCGACCCGACCGUACAGCUAGCAUGCGGACCAUCACAGUACAGGGAGCCGGGACACCGUGAGACUUGCGGUCGCAUCUUCCCGGAGUUCAGAGAGAGCACGCCAUGUUUGAUGACGACACAUUGUUAUCCGACCUACGAGUCAGCUGGGGAGGGAGGAUGCGUCAAGAGACUCAGACCGAAGCCUUUCAACCCGAUGUGA